ACAAGAAGCCGGAGCUUCUGGACAUGAUGCUGGUGACCAACAACCCCUACGACUACGCCUUCAUCUCCCAAGGGGAGACCACCGUCCCUUCCAUCGACGACGGCGAGGAGCUCUUGGCCACCGACAGCGCUUUUGAUGUCCUGGGCUUCACCCCCGAGGAGAAGAACUCCAUCUACAAGUUGACGGGCGCCAUCAUGCACUUCGGCAACAUGAAGUUCAAGCAGAAGCAACGGGAGGAGCAGGCGGAGCCCGACGGCACCGAAGGUUGGUUGUUCAACAGCUUCGAGCAGCUCUGCAUCAACUUCACCAACGAGAAGCUCCAGCAGUUCUUCAACCACCACAUGUUCGUGCUGGAGCAGGAGGAGUACAAGAAGGAGGGCAUCGAGUGGGAGUUCAUCGACUUCGGCAUGGACCUCCAGGCCUGCAUCGACCUCAUCGAGAAGCCCAUGGGCAUCAUGUCCAUCUUGGAGGAGGAGUGCAUGUUCCCCAAGGCCACCGACAUGACCUUCAAGGCCAAACUCUUCGACAACCACUUGGGCAAGUCGGCCAACUUUGGGAAGCCCCGUAACAUCAAAGGGAAGCCCGAGGCCCACUUCGCCCUGGUCCACUACGCGGGGACGGUGGACUACAACAUCCUGGGGUGGCUUCAGAAGAACAAGGACCCCCUCAACGAGACGGUGGUGGGCCUCUACCAGAAGUCGGCCCUCAAGCUCUUGGCCAACCUCUUCGCCAACUACGCCGGGGCCGACGCGC